AGCGGAGGGGGCAAAAAGAGUAGUUCUCUAGUGCUAGCCAGUUCUAGGCGGUUAAGUAAGGUUUUGCAAGUCCAGACCGAGAAAGAGAGUGAGAACUGAAAACCAGAAUCUUCCAUAUGGUGUAGUACUACGAAGCCAACACCGCGUUAUCCAGGGUUUCUCUGCACACAUUAGUGAAUAAUAAUUUGUGUAAAUGGAUCGAGGGUCUGAUUCUGAUUCUCCUGCAAAGGGAAGAGGGUCUUCUAGAAGGAGGAGUCCAGUUCAAAGAGAAAGAUCUCCUGCUCGACGAAAAAGCUCUCCAAGAACUAGGUCUCCUGUUAGGACCAGUUCUUCUCAUAGAACUAGAUCACCUAUUAGAGAAAAAGAUAAAUCCUCUAGUCGCGGCAGGUCUCCCAGGCACGAGAGCACACGUACUCAGUCUCCAAGGACUAAGCGUCUGCAAAGAGCUCAAGCAGACAUGGAGGUUGAUAGAGAACGUGAAGGCAGACGGUAUAGUAGUAGUAGGGAAGGAGACAAAGAGAGGCACAAGGAAAGAGGUGGAGAUAGGGAAGGCGAUAAAGGGAGGCGCAUGGAAAGGGGUGGGGAUAAGGAAGGUGAUAAAGAGAGGAACAGGGAAAGAGGUGGAGAUAGAGAUGAUCCUCGUAACAUUAGGGAGAGAAGGCCGAGGGAAACUGAAAAUGGGGGCAACUCUAGAUCAAAACACAAGCAGUCUACCUCGCCAAUUGAUCGAAGCAACAGGAACAGAAACGCUUCCCGCUCACCUCUUAAGUGUUUGAGGAGCAGAGCACACGACGAGUUACCUAACUCAGAAGGAGAAGACCAUCGUGGGGAUGAGGGUGAUAUUUCAGUCGCCAAGAUGAAGGCCGCUGAAGAAGCCUUGGAAAAGCAAAAGCCUUCAUUUGAGCUAUCUGGAAAGCUUGCAGAAGAAACUAAUCGUGUAAAAGGUGUGACACUGCUCUUUACUGAACCUUCGGAUGCUCGCAUACCAGAUGUAAGAUGGAGGCUUUACGUCUUCAAGGGUGGUGAAGUGCUUAAUGAUCCCUUAUACAUACACCGAAAAACUUGUUACCUUUUUGGAAGAGAAAGGAGGGUUGCUGAUAUUCCUACAGACCAUCCCUCCUGUAGCAAGCAACAUGCCGUCAUCCAGUAUCGGCUAGUAGAGAAAGAGCAACCUGAUGGCAUGUUAAAAAAGAAAGUUAGCCCUUACAUAAUGGAUCUUGGGAGCACGAACGGAACCUUCAUUAAUGAUGAUCGCAUCGAGUCCCAACGCUACUAUGAGCUAAAGGAAAAAGACACGAUUAAGUUUGGUAAUAGCAGUCGAGAAUAUGUUGUGUUGCACGAGAAUUCGGCUCAUUAACCAAGUACUGCAUCAGCACUACUCUGUGUUCGGUUGGUAGACGCGGAUUGCAAUGGGGAUUUUCUGUUUAGACGAACUUAGAUAGUCUUGCCAUGUCUUCAAGUGGGACCAGGAAGGUACAGAUGUUUGAGAUACUCUUAAACAAGUCUAUGUUUUCAUUAUAAAUCAGUUGACAACCGUAACGUCCAUUGUUAAGAAUACUUUUUGCGUUUUGCUGCCCUCUAUAGCUGAUUUUCGACACUGUUGAUUCUUAAUAUAGCUCAGUUUAGGUAAUUUGAACUUCCCGCAGUUCCUUGUUUUGUAUGUAUCGAAGUUUUUUUUUCCCGGCAAAACACAAAAAUCGAUUGAGAAACUGCUCACUAAAAAAAUCCAGCAAGAGGUACCACAGGUUAGUUCAUCAAGCUCUGAUGCAGGAGUUGAUCUCAGAAGAGGAGGAAGCUUAAAAGGAGAUUUUGCAAGGAGUCUCACAGAGUGAUGACCUGGAAAAAAGACAAAAAAAAAGGAACUAUUUUUGGGUCAUGUGUGUAGUGUUGAAUUUACUGCCAUUGUUUGAUGAGAAGAUUGUAGGUGGGUGGUGUUUUUCACUCCAUUGUUUUUGUUCUUUGUUAUAUGUUUGGGAGGGCAGUCCUUUUUGAUGGUGAGGUCUAUCCAACCAGAUAGAAGAGACUCAAACAUGAUUAGUUAAUUCAUCUGCUUAUUAGUUAUUGCCGACUGACCAGCUAACAAAAGACUUUAAAUAAAACAUUUUUUGUAAAA